GUGAGGCCGAUUUUUUGUGAUAACCGCUGCACCGAGGCGCGCCGCACCUGCGCGUCCCUGAUCGAUGAAGACCGGCACCUCGAGCCACGGCCUGGACAGGGACAGGUGACGACCAGUCGACCACCAUCCAAGCUGCGAACCUCCGUUCCCCAUGCGGCUGUGCGGCGCGCCACCAACCCCAACUGUCCUGCUCGCUCGACGGUCCGUGACGCGUCCAUCCUCCGCCGGUGUAGCUGUUGGCUGCUACUGUUCAUCACCACCACCGCACCACUCAUCCUCUUCCCCGCUGGUUGUCGGCUCGCCGCCUACUAUCCUCUUCUGGCGCUCAAUGUUGCAGCUGAAGAUGUUUUCUAUCCUAGAAUCUGAACAUGAUGAGGAAUUGAAUGAGAAAGAUGAUACAUUUAUGAGUAUAGAGGUAGAGGCAGAUGCAGAAGCAGCUGCUCCAGAAGCAAGCGACGAGUCCAUCUGGGAGCAUUUCACCAAAGUUUUUGAUGAUAAUUAG